CACCUACUCCGUCUCUUUCUCUCUGAUUUGAUCAGCUGAGGUUUCUUCACCGCCCCUCUCUCUCUCUCCUCAAGCUCUGAGAAAUAAUAAGUGGAUCUUGUUGUUCUUCACGCCCCCUUUUCACGCUCAUAAUGGGAUUUGAGUUUCUUGUUUCUUCAAAUUUUGUAUUGUUUUCAUUUCUUCUGGAAGCUGAUAAUUUAUGUACAUAGAACGCAUUUCGCUCCCGCUUCCUGUGCGUGUUCUUUCGUGGUUCUGAGCUCCAGCACCGCGAUCUUCAUGAUUGAUGUGGAGUCACUGUGUGAUGCGUAUAUACACAUAUAGAUUUUUGUGACUUAUAGGGUUUGGAAUGUUUGCUUAGGGGGUGCCAUUUUCUUCAUUUCUGUUUUUGACAUUUUGGGUAGCUUUUCAUGUCGGAGGGGAUUUAGCCUGUCGGGGACUCGUCGGUUUAUUUUGAUUGGAUUUUUCUGAGCUUUUGAAGGACUGAUCUCAGUGGCUGCUCCCUGUCUUGCUCCAAACAGCUUUCUUCACUCAGCUAGGUACCAGGAUGAGCAUGACCAGUGAAAGUGAGGAAAUGAUGACUUCAAAAGGCAGCAUAAGUUCUGCAUCUAUUGAAGAAGCAAGUGCUGGAGGGGGAACUGUUCCGCUGAAGAAAGGUCCAUGGACAUCCACAGAAGAUGCGAUUUUGGUUGAUUACGUAACAAGAAACGGCGAAGGAAACUGGAAUGCUGUGCAAAAGAAUUCAGGACUUGCUCGAUGUGGUAAGAGCUGUCGUUUGCGGUGGGCGAAUCACUUGAGACCCGAUUUAAAGAAAGGCGCUUUUACUCCUGAGGAAGAGCGGCGUAUUAUUGAACUCCAUGCUAAAAUGGGAAACAAAUGGGCACGAAUGGCUGCUGAGCUUCCCGGUCGUACUGAUAAUGAGAUAAAGAACUACUGGAACACAAGAAUCAAGAGAAGACAGCGUGCUGGCCUGCCCAUUUAUCCUUCAGAUCUCUGUUUGAAAACCAUAAGUGCAGGAAUGCAGGGCACAUUUUCAGGUGGAAUUACAAAUGAAGACAUAUUACAUAUGAACACUUCUGACAUUCCAGCUGUGGAAUUCAAAAACCUGGGACUAAAUCAUCAGCAUUCAUACCCACCACCUGUAAUCCUUGAUAACAACCUGCUGGGACAAGGUCUCAAGUCCUCGUGCAUUGACAGGCAUUUCAUCUCAUCUGCGGUUCAUCCUUUCAAACGUUUCAGAGGAGGAACAGAGACCGCUUCAUUGUUCCCAGGUGCAAACAGUGAUCUUCUACCAGCAUGCGGUCCCUACCAGCAGAGUAGCAUUUCCCCAUAUUAUUUUGAUCAUGGAUCUUCUUUUGGGGUGCUUUCUUCUUCUUCUGGUCACCACCAUCCAUUGUUGUUGGGUGGUGUUAUUCCAGGCAGCCAUGCCUCAUUAAAUGGCAACUCCUGUUCUUCUUCUCCUGAGCCCUCCUCAUGGGAUAAGAAGCUGGAGCUCCCUUCACUCCAAAGUCACAUGGGUAGCUGGUACUCAUCACCAGACACCAUUGUUGACACCUUGAUUCAAUCACCCCCUUCAAUUGAAACAAGGAGUCCUUCCCCACGAAACAGUGGCCUGUUGGAUGCUGUGCUUUAUGAGUCACACACAAAGAAUUACAACAAUCAUACUACUCCUACUUCAUACCAACAGACUUCUGAUGUUCCCCCUGGUAGUACCAUAUUUGAUACUAAUAAGUUACGCUCCAAUCUUAAUGAGACGACAGGAUGGGAAGCAUAUGGAGAUCCAAUCUCCCCUUUAGGCCACUCAUCUGCUUCUGUGUUUAGUGAAUACACCCCCCCUGUCAAUGCAGACAAGCCACACUCAGCUGGGACUGCAAUAGGAUUGAAAGUUAAGGAGGAGGUGGAGGAGGAGAUGGAGUGGUCUCCCCCGAUUUCGUAUGAUGAAUCAAACCAGUAUAUGUUUUCCAGGACAGACUUGCUUGCUUCAAACGCUUUUCGCCAUCAAACAAACCACCACAAUAAGAAUCAUUCUGUACUGAAAGAGGUAUUUGGGGCAGUUCUGUUUGAUGAUCUUAGCAGGGAAUGCAAGAACUUAAGAUCCAUGGCCACUCCGUCAGGAGCUUGUCCUUGCCCAUGGGAUGCCAUGUCCACCGUGUAAUCCUUUCCCCUUCAUUUCUGGAGGAAAAAAUUAUCAAUUCAGAUUCCCAGCUUUUCCUUCUGAAUGACUGGCCACCUUACAGAAAAAAUAGAACAUUUUUAUCAGCUGAUACAUUGUGUGACCUGCUUCUUUUUCUUUUUAGUUGUAUUGGUUCUUUGCAGACAUCAAAAACUGAAAAGCUGUAUGGUGUCAAACCUGCAACUGAUUGUUUUUCGAUUCUUAGUCAUUUCCAUAAAACUUUACUUUUGAAAACUAAGAUUGUUGUGCCUAUCAUUUUGGUGAUGAACUCAGCUUUGCUUUGUAGAGCAAUCCAAAUGGGAUUUUAUUUUUAUCUGAUGUUGUUAGUAGCAAAUUAAAGCACUCGUUCUCUUUCC